CGCGCUUCCAAGCCGAAAGUCUGGUCUUGUAUCCGAGAGGACAACGAUCAUGGGAGGGAGGUUCAACCCUGUGGAAGUUAAUGAAGAGCUGGACUGAAAUGGACAGUGGCGAAGGAAACACCUAUUAAUGGCUGGCCAGGACACAAGCCUGAAAGAGCAAGAGAAUCCUCAGGAACGAGGCAUUCUGCAUGUCUGGACAGGAUAUGGUAGCUCUGGAAUCCCAGAGUUGCUGCCUGGUUUUGGCAGCAAGGUUGUGUUGCAGGCUGCCCUGGGAAUAGAACAUGGACUGUUCCUGACUGAAGAUGGCGAAGUCUACAGUUUUGGAUCCUUCCCAUGGAGACUGGACUGUGACACCAGAGAGUCAGCAGUCCCCAUACUGGAGAAGACGUUAGUUGGUUUGCACAUGGUUAGCGUGGCAGCUGGAAGCUACCACAGUGGAGCAGUAACCAAGGAUGGAGCUGUGUACAUGUGGGGAGAGAACUCAUCCUGUCAGUGUGCAAUCGAGAGUCAGAGACAGGUCCCCACCCCCACUCUGGUCACAAUUUCUGACCCUGAAACCAGCCCCCCCGAGCUGACCCAAAUAGUGCAGCUGGCCUGCGGAGAGCACCAUACAUUGGCCCUGUCGUUGAGGCGGGAGGUCUGGGCCUGGGGGAGCGGCUGCCAGCUUGGACUCGUCACUGCAGCUUUCCCCGUGGCGAAGCCUCAGAAACUAGAGCACCUGGCCGGCCGGGUGGUGGUGCAGAUCGCCUGCGGUGCCCACCACAGCCUGGCACUUGUUCAAAGACCCUCACCCCAUGAGAAGAAGCAGAACUCUGAAAAAUGCCACCACUGUCACCAGCUGCUGCUGACCAUGACUGACAAAGAAGACCACGUGAUCAUAUCGGACAGUCACUACUGCCCCCUGGGCGUAGUGCUGUCUGAAUCUGAUCCCAAACCCUCUCAACCAGACCUAGAAAACCACUCCCCUUCUCUCCCUUCCAAUCACACUGCAGAAUCUCACACCACAGGACUACCUCAGACAGAGCAGCCCGAACACGCCCCUUCUGUUGCCGAUCAAGUGGAACUGGCACAAAAUCCGGGCAGAACCGAGGGGGGCAGUACAUCCAAUUCACUACUGGAGCCCAAUGGAGCCCCGAGUAACCCGAAACCUAGGAGCUCUCAGUACCCCGAUGAAAAGGCUGUAAAGGAGUACCUCAGAAAAUUGUCGGACAUUUCCCAGCAGGACGACCCUGUGAAAGGCACACACCUUCCAUGCCCACAGACUUUGCCUUCAUCGGACGAUGCUCGUCCCGCCAGUCCUACAUCCGCGGCUCCGUCGACGUUUAAUAAUCUGAUGGUCUCCUGUGCCUCAGUGGUUGGGGAGAGAGUAGCAGCCACUUAUGAAGCCCUCUCCCUCAGAAAAGUUGUGAACUACUACUACCAGUCUCCCAGUCUGCCAGAAAGCAGUGGCAGCAGCACAGCAAGUGGUGGAACCCAGCACAAGGAGACGAGGGAGGAACGGAUGAAAAUUGAAGAAAGCAUGCCUGAUAAGAAGAGCUUCAGCCUGGGGGAUAUCCGAGAGCAAGGGUCAGAGGGCAUGUGCCGCCGCUUGUCUCUGCCAGGACUUCUAUCUCAAGUUUCACCAAGGCUUCUCAGAAAAGCAGGACAUGCCAGAAUCAAACGAGUGAGCCUAACUCCCACGCCAGGAACCGACACUGACACAAACCUUCCUUCCUUACAGACUGAGCUAUGGAGCUGGGGACGAGGUAAAGAGGGCCAGCUGGGUCAUGGAGAUGUGCUUCCCAGGCUUCAACCCUUGUGCAUCAAGAGUCUGAAUAAUAAAGAAGUAGUCCAAAUAGUUGCUGGAGCAUAUCAUUCACUGGCCUUAACUGCCAGGUCACAGGUCUAUUCAUGGGGCAGUAACACCUUUGGACAACUUGGUCAUGCAGAGUCACCAACUGUGAUCCCUCGCCUUGCCAAGCUCCCUGAAGGCACGUGCGUGUGGGAUGUGGCGGCAGGACAGGGACAUACACUCUUUUUGACUGAUGGGGAAUUCUUCCAGCCCAACGUCUACUACAGUGGACAGCAGGUGGUGCAUGACACCAGGAACACUGAUCACAGUCCGACCUACACCAAACAACCUGUGCUUCUGUCAUCCUGUAGUAAGCUUGGCUACAUAAACAGUCUGUUUGCUGGGGGGCAGAGGUGCCUCGCUCUUGCAGACAGGAACAUAAUGGGCUAUAUCGCCAGCUUACAUGAAUUGGCUUCAUCAGAGAGGAAGUUCCACUGUAAGCUAAAUGAUAUGAAAAAUCAGAUUCUCAGACCUCUGCUGGGUUUAGAUAACUUGACUUCUGCUUUGGGUUCAACACUGAGCCAAUUACUACAGGAUGCUGCUAGCAAAUUUAGCAAACUAUGCUACCUGAUUGGACAACACAGUUUCACCUUAAAUAAGUUUCUUCACAGUUCAAAAGAUGUCAAGACACUAGUCAUGUUGGAACAUUCAAAGGUCUUCCUGGACACUUUCAAAGAGUACUCCAGCUCUGUGGGGAACUUUGUGGUGGUUGGUGGUUUUCAAGCAUUGGCUAAACCAACAGUGGAGCUCUUCAGUAAAAAUCUUCAGACCCUCCAGCGAUUGUCAGAAGUGACGGAUGAGAAUGUCGCAGCUGCUGACCUCUUGCACAUUCUCUUCUACAUACCUAUCAGGCACUUGCAUGAAUAUGCCCGUAUGCUGCUAAAACUUGCAACUUGUUUUGAAGUGGCCUCCAAGGAAUACCACAAAUUGCAGGAAGUCAGUUGCCAGUGUGAAGCUCUUGGUCUACACUUGAAGAAGAAACAGAAGGAGGCAGAAUAUACAUACAGCUUUUGGAAGACAUUUCCAGGGAAAAUGACGGGUUUUCUGACAAGACAUAUUCCUACCCUGAGUGAUUCCCUGAGGAAACCAGAACGUCGCCUCAUAUGUGAGAGCAGUAACCGGGGCUUGACGCUGCAACAUGCUGGGAGAUUCUCCAUCAACUGGUUUAUCCUCUUCAAUGAUGCACUUGUCCAUGCUCAGUUUUCGACCCACCACAUAUUCCCCCUUACCACGCUUUGGAUAGAAUCCCAAUUUGAAGAAAUCAGCAACCCGAAUGCCUUGAAGAUAACCUCACCUGAAGAACAGUUCAUCCUCACAGCAGCAUCACCUCAGGAAAAGACAAAGUGGUUAAGAGCAAUUAACCAAGCUGUGGAUCAGGCACUGAGUGGUGUUUCAGAUAACAUGGCUCUUGGACUGGGUGGUGUCAUGCGAGUUGAACCUCCGAUUUCUCGCACUGCCAGUUACACCUUCUACAAGGACCCACGGCUGAAGGAGGCAACCUAUGAAGGCCGCUGGUUGGCUGGAAAACCACAUGGCAAGGGUGUAUUGCGGUGGCCUGAUGGGAGAUCCUAUUCUGGUGAUUUCAAAAAUGGUUUGGAGGAUGGGUAUGGAGAGUUGAUUGUGCCCUGCAAAGCACUCAAGAAGAAUGACCACUAUCAGGGCCAUUGGAAAGAAGGCAAGAUGCAUGGCCAUGGAAUCUACAAGUAUGCCACAGGAGAGGUGUAUGAGGGCAGUUUUCAAGAUAACAUGCGUCAUGGGCAUGGCUUGCUCCGAAGUGGAAAGCUGACAUCAUCCUGUCCCAGCAUGUUCAUUGGCCAGUGGGCACAAGACAAAAAAAUGGGCUAUGGCGUAUUUGAUGAUAUCACGAGGACACCUGCCAUCACAUGUCCUGCUUCCGCCAGGAGGGUGGGAUGGUCCUGGCCAUGGACAUCUCGGGUGCCAUCAUCAGUGCAGCUCCGUGACCAGCCAGUGGGAGGCACAGGAGGUGAGAAGUACAUGGGCAUGUGGUUGGAUGAUGCUCGCCAUGGCAACGGAGUUGUGGUCACUCAGUUUGGCCUGUACUAUGAGGGUGCCUUCAGCAAUAACAAAAUGGCGGGCAAUGGUAUCCUGCUCUCUGAGGAUGACACCAGCUUUGAAGGAGAGUUCUCUGAUGACUGGAUCUUAAAUGGAAAGGGAGUUCUGACCAUGGCAAAUGGUGACUACUUUGAGGGAACUUUCAGCGGAGAGUGGGGAGCAGGGAUUAAAGUUGCCGGAAUGUACUUCAAACCUAAUUUAUAUGAUGCCGACAGAGAAAAAGCCCGUGUGUUGAAGCUGGGUAAACUGGCAGUCGACCCUGAUGAGAAGUGGAAGGCUGUGUUUGAGGAGUGCUGGAGUCAGCUUGGUUGCGAAUCUGCUGGGCAGGGAGAUGUCUUCAGGGCCUGGGAGAACAUUGCAGUGUGUCUCACCACAGGCAAACGGCAGCACAAGGACAGCCCUGAUUUCCGGAGUCGAUCUCAUGCGCAAACAUUGGAGAGUUUGGAAAUUAUCCCUCAGAUUGUUGGCCCCAUCACACUGGACAAGUACGAGGCCAUCAGAAAAUACUUAAUAAAGGCAUGCGACACACCUCUGCACCCACUGGGGAACCUCCUGGAGACGCUGGUGGCAGUGUAUAGAAUGACUUAUGUGGGAGUCGGUGCUAACCGGCGGUUACUUCAGCAAGCAGUCAACGAAAUCAAGUCCUACCUAACACGCAUCUUUCAGCUGGUCAGAUUUCUCUUUCCAGAUCUCCCAGAUGGGGGCAGUCUGAUUCCAGUAAAAGAUAAGAAACCACUUGGCAGUGAGGAAGGGAACUCCUCUGAUAAUGGGAGCCAAAUGAUCACAAGCUGCAGUCUGCUCCUUCCAGUUCUCUUACCCCGGCUCUACCCACCCCUCUUCACGCUCUACGCCUUGGACAACGAGCGGGAAGAAGACAUUUACUGGGAGUGUGUGCUCCGACUCAACAAGCAACCGGACCUGGCGCUGCUGGGCUUCCUUGGGGUGCAGCAGAAGUUCUGGCCCAUUACUGUCUUUGUGCUGGGAGAGAAGAUAGAGAUUCAAUCCACCACAAAGGAUGUUUGCUAUGCUUCUGCUGUUGAAAGUUUACAGCAGAUCAGCACCACUUUCACUCCAGCUGACAAGCUGAAGGUCAUCCAGCAGACCUUUGAGGAGAUCACACAGGAGGUGCUGACUAUGCUGCAGGAAGACUUCCUGUGGUCCAUGGAUGAUCUCUUCCCUGUCUUUUUGUAUGUGGUGCUUCGGGCAAGGAUCAGGAAUCUGGGAUCAGAAGUUCAUCUUAUUGAGGAUCUGAUGGACCCUUCUGUCCAACAUGGAGAGCAGGGGAUAAUGUUCACUACACUUAAGGCCUGUUAUUAUCAAAUUCAGCAUGAGAAGCUAACAUAGAAGAACAACCCUUCUCCCUCUCGCUGAUGGAAUGGUCCUUUGCACAAUUUGGAGGGUGGGUCUGUGGGCAGGCUAACAUGGACACAUUACCUCAUGUACUCAUGCACUGCCCCACAUCCCUGCACAUUAACAUUUACCCACAACCACAGCAUCCCUCUCACCCACUACCACCGUUCUUUUCCUGCUCAUUACAAACCCAUUUCCCAUCUACUCUCCCACCCAAGUCACAACUGUCCUUCUCCAUAUCUUCACAGCCAGCAACUACUCAUCUUGCAGAUACAAGCCCAGUGAUGAUAUGCUCUGCAGUGUUUUAAGUCUGAAUAUUUGAAUGUAGAUCUUGUUUUAGAUGGAAUUGGUAUUUAAUUGAAUAAUAAAGGGUAAAUUGUUACUCCAGGAUAAAAGGUUUUGAAUGCAACAGUGUAUUGAAGUGAAAUGCAUUACACUGAAAUAGUGGAUGAAAAUAUAUUUUGUGUCACAUAAGUCUGGACUGUUUUGGAAAUAGUACAUGACAUUAUUUCAGCAUUUGUCAAAAGCUUUCUGUACUAAUGCAGUGCUUCAAGGAUGGGAAGCACUGUCACUACUCAGUCAUUUGGGUCAUUAAUAUUUCAUGAGCACAUGAAUUGUCCCCACCUGUUUGGGAUGAUGCAGGUUGCGGUAUGAGACUGGCCUGGAUGGACAUACAAAUCACAAUGUAACUAAGUGAAUCUAUAUUAAACCUAAAUAGAAUACAGUUGGAGAGCUGUGCAAUUUUGGGCUUCACAUCCUAGGAAGUAUGUAUGGUAACAGCAUGGGUAUUGCACAGAUUAAUUAAGAUAGUUCCUCCUCUGAGAAUUAGGACUGUUUUUAUUAGAAUAAAGGACUCUUGGUUGAUGGAAUGAAACAAGGUAGUCAAAAACAGGCCAUGUCCAGUGACUGUGGGCUUUAGAAUGUGGAUCAGAGGUGGGAGUUUAAAGAUUGCUUAUUUUAAAAUAAAAGUGGAAAGCUGGUGAGUUUUUAGCAAGGAAAUUCUAUAACUUCAGGCUUUAUUAGCUAAAGAUGUGGGCUCCUUUUAGUGAAGCAGUCACAUUCAGGCAUGUUCCAGAAGACAAAAUUGGAAGAUGACAAAUUUCAGGCCUACAAGAUUUGAUAGCAGAUUAGGAGGUGUGAAACCAUGAGUGGGAUUUCAGAGAAUCUUCAAAUCCAAGUGUUUAACUGAGAACUAGUUUAGGUCAGCUGGCACACAAGUGAUGGGUGAAAGGGUACAAUUUCUGCAGAGUUUUGGAUUGAUUUAUUUUUUAAAGGGGUAGAAUGAAGUAGGCCAAUGAUGAGUGUGUUGGAAUUGUUCAUCCUAGAGAUAACAAAGAUGUGUUGCAGCAAAUGAUCUUAGAUGGAGCAGAAUAAAAUGGUGUUUGGGACGUGGGAGUUUGUGGUCUAAAGAAGGAUCUGCAUCUAAAGUCAAAAGUUCAGGUUAGGUUCUAGUUUACAUCUUGAGUCAUCUAGUACAGCCUAUUUCCAGAGGGAUGGAGUCGGUGGCAAGGAAGGAGCCCAGAGUUUAGCUGGAAGAAAUUUCCAAUCAUCUAAUACUGGAUAUCUGAGCAGAAUUCUGACAAUUUGAGAGUGGAGGGGCCAAGAAAGCAGCUUGUCAUUAAUGUGUAGAAAUUGACAUUGUGUUUCAGGAUACUGAGGAACUGCAUCUAGAAGAGAAGUAGGAGAGAGUCAAAGAUUGACUUGGAAACAGCAGAAUGUAAGUGGGCAGCACAGUGUUGCAACUAGUUGAGCUGCUGCCUCACAGCUCCAGUAACCCAGGUCUGAUCCUGACCUCUGGUGCUGUCUGUGCUCUCUGUGACUGCGUGGGUUUCCUCAGGAUAUUCCUGUUUCUGUGUGCAGUUUGGUAGACUCAUUGGCCACUAAAUUGCCUCUCGUCUGUUGGUGAGUGGUAGAAUCUGGGGUGAGUUGAUCAGAAUGUGAGGAAUAAAAUUGGAUUAGAGGAGGAUUAACAUACAUUGGUGCUUGAUAGUUGAUGUGGUGUUGGUAGGCCAGAGGCCCAUAUUCAUGCAGUUUGAUUCUUGGACUCUAUAAUGCCAUUGAUGAAGAGGAAGAAAAGGUGAUUGCUGGCUCUCUCCUGAGUCUCAGGAGGGUGAGACUACUACUUUCUUCCUCUAUCCUGGGAGGGGUACAAGUAAUGCCAGAUCCUUCUGCCCCGAGAUACUUCUCUUGCUGAUAUGGAUCCCCUGCACUGAAAGUCUUUGUUUGUCCCAUUUUCUGAUUUUCAUAUCCUGUACACCACCUGCAGGCCUGUUCUCUCCUGACGUCCAUGCACAGGUUAAGGUACCCUGCAUGAUUCUCCCCACCUCUCCCCUUUUAAAUGCCCUACUUGGAGCAGUGAGAGUGCAUUGGAAUCUCACCUUUGUGUAGAAAUGGGCAAAGGGGAGUUUGAUCCUUAUAAACAGCUCUUUGCAAUUGAAUCUUCCUGCACAGAUUACUCCCAUCUUCCCAAAGUACUUCCAGAUACUCUGCAGUUCAUCAAUACUGUAAAUUUUACAUCUCUGUACUUGUCCAACUUGGGAAGGGUAAAUUCUGUUCUGUUAGCCCUGCAAGGAAAGUAGAUCAUAAGAGCAAAGUAUCACCGUUGUUUUCAUGGUCAUUCAGUAGCACUUUUCUCCAAGUCAGGAUUGUGGCUUCAUCCCACUCUGGAAAUCUAAGCAUGUGUUUCAGAUUGGCAGUUGGACACUGUUCUGGAAUGUUUUGGGUUGUUGUAGGUGCGGAUGAUACCUUAAAUUCCUUUUGGAUGGACAUCAUUUUGGUGGUGGUGUUUCACGUAGCACCAGGAGCAUUUUCUCCAAUAUUCUUGUCAAUGUUUAUCCCUCAAUCAACAUCACAAAAUCUGAUUUAUUCUCAUGUUCUUGUCUUUGGGGGCUUCUAUUCAAAUUGUCUGCUAGGUUUCUGACCUCAAACCAGAGACCAUGCCUCAGGCUAAUGAAAUGGCUGAUAAAUGCUUUAGGGUGUAGUGCAGCUUAGUGUAGGAUGAUCUGCAGAGUUACUACUUCUCUCUCUGGUUUUGAACGAGAGUGAGAAAUUUUAUUUUUUCAUGAAUUGUUUUUCUUUUACCAAGUGGCCAGAAGGAAAAGUGAGAGAUGAGUUUAAUGCCUUCUGGAGCCCCUCUGUUUCUGAAGAGAGCAUUUCAAGUUACCAUUGAGAGAGAUUUAGAAUUUAUAAGAAAUCUUUUAUUUUAAAAAAAAUAAACUUGGAGCUACACAAAAGCAAAAAAAAAGUUCUCAAACUGGUUGUUUUAUUAUAUAUAUGCCAAUAUGCUGCUGUACACAAUUGUCCAUGAUUUUCUCUGGUUAGCAAAUUGCUAACACUUGACUGCAACAUAACUCUACACAGUGAUAGCAAUCUUAAUCCAUUGCUGGGUAUUUUUAACUGACAGAGGUAUUUAAUUUAGUCUCCCUACUUUUUCCACCUCCAUUGCUCAAAGCUAUUUGUUUAGUUCCCUUCCAACCUGUGAGUAGAUAAUCUGUUUUCUCUGCAAGAGCUGUAUGAAUAUUAAGCACUACAAAAUUCCUCCUCCGCCACACCCUCCGGGAUGAAGUGCUCCCUGCCAUCUGUUUCUCAAAUGGGGUGCCAAUCUGUACUAUUCACAGUGCCAGAGAGUACUUAACUAUUGCAGGAUCUUCAGCACAUACCCAACUGUGACCCUGUCUUAUCUACCCACACACUGCAUCAUUUACCCCUUUUUAACUUUCCUGCUUUCUCUGGAGGAGUUGCAGUUCAGUGAGCUGACAGUUACCUUAGUAUUUUCAACACAUCAUUUGAAUUAAGUUUGCUUAAAUGCGUAUUUAGUGCAAUGCUGACUGACAUCGCUGCUUGAGUGACCUGCUGUUGACCAGUUCUAUAAAUGAGUCUCUUUAAUCUUUACUGAUAAAUCCAUUUGUAUGCCCUCACCUUUGACACUUGGCUCUUCUAACUCUGCAGGGUGCUUGUCCUGGGAAUCAUUGCUUAAUUCCCUGCCAAUGCAACCUUUCUAUCCCAACUAAGUCCACAGACUUCUACUUCCAGGAUGGCUGAGAUUUCCCACAGCAGCUGAUCAAGUAUCCCAUCCAGCUGGCUGCUUUGAUGCUUUAUGGGCCUUUCCUUGGGCAGUCUGCCUGAGACCUCCUCUCCUUGUCACUCUACCUAUUUGAAUGCCUGUGUUGAUUGCUGUAGAGAGAAUUGACACACUGGCAUGGGUAGGUAGAAUGUACUUUUCAUUCUCUUACAAGGACUUUGAAUUGUUUUUUUUAAAUUUUUGCUAUGUUUUAUAUUUUUGGGGUAGAGCAUGAAGUAUUAUGGGGAACUUGCUGAUCUCUGAAUAGUGAAAUUAAUUUACUGUAAAUGGUAUUCUCCAUUGAUUUGGUGUCAGUCCCACACUGUAACUGGCAGAAAGUGACCAUUAUUCUAAGCUGACACAUUUAGAUCUUGACAUGACUCCAUUGUUUACAAAGGCCAUAGGUAAUAAUAAGACUACCCAAUGAGACAGGUAACCAAAAAAAGUUGUCUGGAAAUGAAAAGCAGGGCAUUGCAAAUCUGGUGCAGAGUGCCUCCCGAACAGUAACCCUGCAGAGAGAGUCUUACUGCUUCAUUUCUUUAAAAUGUCUCAAUGGUUUGCAGUGUCCUAUUUAUUAAUAAAAGGUUUAAUAUUUUGUAUUCUUGUGAAAAUUGUUUAAAAAUAAAUUGAAUUUAAUUCUGAAAUAUGUACAGAGCUGUUUAGAACUGAUGCUGUAUACUGAAGUGCUUCAUGGUACAUUGAACUAUUGUGACCUACUUGGCUGCAAUAAAGUGGAAUUUGGA